AACCAAAAACCAAAUCGUUUUCUUCCUCCUCCAUAAGAACUCUCCCCAUUCCUCUCGGAGAUUUCCCAUCUCUUCUCCCCUUCUUGGGUCCUUCAGAUCGCAGGCUCUUUGGAAUUUUCUUGUACUAAUUACAUUGGAGAGCUUUUGCUGUUGAUGGGUUGUUGAGAUUUUUGCAAAGCCUACGGCCUGAGCUAUGUUUUGCUGCGGAGGUGCGGAGGAGGAAAAUAAUGGCCCGCCUGCCAACCAAAAUACAGCUCCGCCAAGAGGGGGAAAUCCAUACGGUGGUACUGAGAGAGGAGAUCAUAGGAGUCCCAACGCAGUGAGAAGCGGAGCUCCACAGAAGGUCUUACCUAUAGAAACUCCAGUUUUGUCCCUGGACGAGUUAAAUAGAUUGACUGGUCACUUUGGCUCGAAAGCAUUGAUUGGAGAAGGUUCUUAUGGCCGGGUUUUCUAUGCGAAGUUAAGCAAUGGCCAGGCUGCAGCGAUAAAGAAGCUCGACACUGGUUCUUCGCAAGAACCUGACUCAGAUUUUGCAGCUCAGUUGUCAAUAGUUUCAAGACUUAAGCAUGAGCACUUUUUGGAGUUGAUGGGAUACUGUUUGGAAGCAAAUAACCGAAUCUUGGUAUAUCAGUAUGCAGCAAUGGGCUCACUACAUGAUAUUUUGCAUGGAAGGAAAGGUGUACAAGGGGCUGAACCAGGUCCAGUUCUGAAUUGGAACCAGAGAGUUAAAAUUGCUCAUGGUGCAGCAAAAGGCCUAGAGUAUUUACACGAAAAGGUUAACCCUCCCAUUGUUCAUCGCGACGUGAGAUCAAGCAAUGUCUUACUGUUCGAUGAUUUUAUGUCCAAAAUCGCUGAUUUCAACUUGUCGAGUCAGUCUUCCGACACAGCAGCUCGACUGCAUUCAACUAGAGUACUGGGAACAUUUGGCUAUCAUGCACCAGAGUAUGCCAUGACAGGGCAGAUAACUCAGAAAAGUGAUGUUUACAGCUUUGGAGUUGUUCUUCUGGAGCUUUUGACAGGGAGGAAGCCAGUAGAUCAUACAAUGCCUAAAGGGCAACAAAGUCUUGUCACUUGGGCAACUCCAAGAUUGAGCGAGGACAAAGUAAAGCAGUGUGUUGAUCCCAAGCUAAACAGUGACUAUCCCCCGAAGGCUGUUGCCAAGCUGGCAGCAGUAGCAGCAUUGUGUGUUCAAUAUGAGGCAGACUUUAGGCCAAAUAUGACAAUUGUGGUCAAGGCAAUCCAGCCACUUCUUAGCUCAAGACCAGCAGGAGCAGACCCUCAUGCAUAGUAAUAGAAAAAAGUGUAUUUUAAUUUUAACUCUUUUUAAGAUUAGCAGGUUCAGAGUCUUUGUAUUAAUCUUUAUCUCUUUCUACACUCUCUUCUCUGUAGUGUUGCUCUCUGUACUCUGCUCUUGCUAAGUAUUUAACGCAAUGAAAUGUGAUUUAGUA